GGUGCUGAAGCCCAAGGCAAUGUGCAGGGGAGGGUGGGCAGCUGGGACAGAGCAGCCCAGGGCUGGCCCCUCACCCUGCCCACACCCACUGGGCACCAGCCAUGGGCUGUGACCAGCUCUCCCCUCUCCUUCCAGCAUGGAGAAGGUUUCUGCUGCCUCAAAAUGGAGUGAAGGUGACCCUGGAUCCACACACGGCUCAUCCCCUGCUUGUUGUGUCUCAGGACAAGAGCAGUGUGAGAUGGGGAAGGGAAUGGCAGCAGGUUCCUGACGCACCAGAGAGAUUUAACUAUUGGUGCUGCGUGCUGGGCCAUGGGGAGUUCAGAGAGGGGAGGCAUUGUUGGUUGGUGGAGGGGGAGGGAGAAAAGCUAAAGUAUUCUUGCUGGGCUGUGGGGGUGGCCAGGGCUUCUGUGGAGAGGAAGGGGAAGAUCAACACAAGCCCUGAAGGAGGGAUCUGGGCUGUGGAGUACGUUAAUGGACAUCUCAAGUCUCUCACAUCUCCUCGCACCCCCUUGUUCCUGUCCCCUAUCCCCACAAGGAUCUGGGUCUGUCUGGACUGUACCCAGCAACAGGUGUCUUUUAUCAACGCUGACAAUGGGGUCGAGAUCUUCACUUUCACAGCAGCCUCCUUCAAUGGGGAGAGCAUCCGCCCCUGGUUCUGGCUAUGGACAGAGGGAUUUCAGCUGUGCCUGAGGGACAGAACACCCCAGACCCUGUCCCCAGCCCUGGGGGGCUCCUGCCCUUCUCCAGACACUCCUGCAUCACCUCUACUUUCUCCUGCAGGACCAGCACAGGAAUAAGGGGAGUGGGGCCAGGGGCUGCUUUGUGUUCCUCCCUGCUGCUGGAGGAGGGCUGGGAUGCUACAAGCAGGGGCUAGGCCCCUUGCAGCCCCUGGGCUCUGUCCUGCACACGGCUCCUGUGCUGGGGCACAAGCCCUGCUGGCACCCACGGCUCUCACCCUGCCUCUGAGCCCCAGCGGGCAGCACAGGGGCUGCAGCAGCUCUCCACGCUCCUCUCCCCUCUACUUUCAGACCCCAGGGCAAGGGAUGUGGUCACUGUGUGCUGCCGGCCAUUGCAGGCCACCUUUGCCUCCUAGGUUGGGGUUGACCCUUGCUCUGUGCCUGGUGCUGAGCAUGAGCAGCCUGUGGGGGCACUUUGUUCCCUCUGCUGGAGCACAUGAAGGCCCAGCAGCAGCAGGACUGUGUCAAAUAAAGUUUUGUACAGGAAGAUGG